CUGUAUAGCUCGAAUAAUUACGAGGUAAGGUUCGCCAGGUGGACAGAAUUUAGGGUUGAUGUCGGGACAGCUGUAGUGACUGCAGCUGCCAGAUUCAAUCCUUCAAGUAUUCUUCAAUUCAUCCGUGGCAACCAAAAAGGCCAAAGUAAACAAAGGGUGCGGGCCACCUGCCUGAGGUUUGCUAGGUGGAGCUUCGAGAUUAUGUCAGCGAGCAGGGGUCGCGCCUCGCACCUGUGGCGGCUCUAGCCAUACAAAGAAAGUUGAAGGUUUGCGAAUUGUCAAUCUUUCCAUAUUCACAGCCUUCGACGAUUCUUCACCAACAAAUCUUCAAGCACCAAGUCCUCGAAGCAUCUGAAGCGCUGUGAAUAAAAAGUUACAAAAAACGAUAAAGAACUCCCAGAGUGAUCUCGCACGGUCGACAACGCGACACCAUGUCGGAAAGGGAUUCCCCAAUUGGCGAGCACGCCAAUGAGCCUGUCAACGACGGCCAAGAGCAAGAAUAUGAGGAUGCUGUCGCCGCUGCUGAUUCUGAUCGCGACUCCGAUGCGCUGUCCGAGGUCGACGAGGAUCAGUUCGAGGACUACGACCCAGAAACGGCGAAUAUUGAGGACCGUCCCGUCGACAUUGACGAAGAUGUUGCUCGUACAUUGAAAGCUACAAAGCGAAAGCGCGCAGACGGAGAGGCUCCAAAGAAACCACGUGAGGGCCGUCGAGAUAAGAAGCGCCGAGAUCGAGAUGAAGAUGUUGAUAUGGAUGAUGCAGAGGAUGGGGGCAAGAAGUCACGACGUUCAAGACGCGCUGCUGGUGAUGGAGAGCGACGUCCACGUUCUAAGCCUGCUAGUCCCGAGCCUGAGAAGGAUGAGAACUUGACACCGGCGGAGCGAAAGCAGCGAGAGCUCGACCGAAUGAUAGAUGCGGCAAUCAAGAAACCAAGCGGCCUCAAGCGCAGGAAGAAGGAUGAGAUUGAUCUUGAGGACGAGAUUGAUGACCUUCUAGCGGAUCUCAAGGUACAGAUGGAGCAGGCCUGUCAGGCUGAUAACCAGGCUCGCGAGGCCGGCCAACCAGCUCUGCACAAGCUGAAGCUUCUCCCCGAAGUCACCGCUAUUCUGAACAGAAACAACGUCCAACACGCCGUUCUGGACCCCGAUACGAACUUUUUGCAGCACGUCAAGUUCUUCUUGGAGCCUCUGAACGAUGGCUCUCUUCCAGCGUACAACAUUCAACGCGACAUCUUCAACGCUCUCGCCAAGAUGAACAUCGAGAAAGAGGCGCUCCUCAGCAGCGGUAUCGGAAGAGUGGUGGUGUUCUAUACUCGUAGCAAGAAGCCCGAACCCAGUAUCAAGAGAAUUGCUACACGACUCCUGGGAGAAUGGAGUCGACCUAUCCUCAAACGAACCGACGAUUACAAGAAGCGCCAGAUCGAGACCCGUGACUACGAUUAUGAAUCUGCCAAGAUGGCACAACGCCAGAAGACCAGCUCUCAAUUCAGUCUUUCCCAACGUCCUGCCGCCAACGCCAAGGACGCUGAGCGCGAACGUCUACUGGCCCCAUCACGAGGCAACAACUCGGCGCGUAUGGUCAACUUGCCUUCGAGCUACACUGUUGCUCCCCAGAGCACCUUUAUGGGCUCGCAAAACUCUAGCCAUCGUCCCCUUGGUGCAGGCGGUAUGGAGGCUUUCCGCAAGAUGGCUCAGAAGAGCAAGAAGCGGGCCAACUAAGGCCGAAACUCACGGUUGGAUUUUCUUCGGAGCUUCUUGGAACGUACCAUAUUCAGGCGAGCAUGACGGUUGCAAGCUAUCAGUUGAGACAGAAGAGUUGACGCACGCGGGUUCUGGGUUUGGCGUUGUCGGCGUUGACAUAAUAGGCUAUUAAACACAUCAAAACUGGAGCCCUCAUGACGGGCUAAAGCGAACUAUUUUUUCCAUAUCAUUUAUGAUUGUGACUCUGAUUAUUGUGAUGUGAUACGUGGUCGUCCCGUGCUCUUGAGACACCAGAUGACAUGGACGGUUGGCUUCCACGUGGUUUUGGGAUGUUCAGUCGCUGACACAUGAAAGAAAGAUCUACGCACUUGAGAUGGUGUGUUCAAUGGCCCUACAAUAUUCGUGACAACCUCGGUCCAUGCGUGAGAGUACUCUUCUAUGAUUCUGACAUCAUUUGGAGAAGCGUUGCCCAAAAUGGCUUCAACCUUGGAGUUUAGCUCACGUAAGUAAAACACAGGCA